CGAAGUGCCACGCUGCUCUAUGUACGCUGACAUCAAGAAGCGUCUCCUUAAGUUAGCGAACAAAACUGUAAUGAUUGACGGUGAAAACAACGUCUCGUCUUCCGAGCUCCUCAAAAACUUUGAACGGUACGCCACCCGUUUUCAGUCGCACGGCAUCACCAAGGGCGACAGGGUGAUCUGCCUCUUGAGCAACGGCCUGGAAAACUUCACGGCGCUCUACAGCCUCGUGUUUUCGGGGGGUGUGGCCGUUCUCGCACAUUCAGACACCAAGAACGGAGAGCUCCUGUCCAUGGCACAAGAUUCUGAGGCCACCUACGUGUUGACAGACGCGAUAGGUGCACCUAAGAUCAAGGAACUUCAAAAGGAGGUGAAGUUCAAGCGUCCGCGGAACAUCGAUGGAUGAAAACCACUGCGUUA